AUGCCUCCGAGAACGCGUGCUAGAGCAAGUGAGGUCGAAAGUCGGGGUGGCCGUGGUCGUGGUCGUGGUCGAAAAGCGUCGAUUGAGGAUGAGGUUAGCCAUCAUGAGGAAAAUCCGAGUGGGAAUCCGGGGGAAAGGACCGGACACGGUCAGGGAGAGGAGGUACCAAUCGUUCAAAAUCCUUUUGCUAAGGAUUUGGUUGCGGCUUUUGCGGCUGCAAACCUUCUAAACCCAGCUCCUAAAGAGAGUGCAGACAGUCGUGCCUUAUCAGCAAUGAGGGAGUUCAGCCGUAGGAAUCCACCAACCUUCGACGGGUCGAGCAGUGACCCUCUCGUGGCCGAUCAUUGGCUAGCCCAAAUCCGAAAACUCUUUAGGGCUCUUAAAAUCACAGAAGAUAACUUGCGAGUCAAUAUUGUGGCCAUUCAACUUACCGGGGAGGCUAAUGAAUGGUGGGAGUCCAUGUUGGAAUCAAGGAAGGAUGCUAGGAGAGCGGCAAAGACCGCGGCUCAAGCAAAUGAGCCAGAUGUUGAGAACUUAACUUGGGCCGAGUUCGAGGUGCUCUUCGAGGAGCAAUACUUUUCGAAAACUAGGCACGAUCAUUUGAGAGAUGAAUUUGAUAAGCUCGAGCAAGGAGAUAUGACAAGGUCAGAGUAUGCUUUAAAAUUUCAAUCCUUGUCCCGUUUCGCGUCGAAGUUAGUGGCUACUGAAGAAAGGAAAUGUAGGCGGUUCGAGAAGGGUUUACGUGAAACCGUGAAGAGGAUGGUGAUGGCACAACGCAAAGGGAGAUUUGUCGAUGUUGUUGAAUGUGCAAGGAGCAUUGAGAUACCGAAGGAGGCACCCAAAAAUCCUAAGGUUUGGGAACCGAGACAACCAGUGGGAGGUAUGAGUUCUUCAUCGGGAAGUUUCUGUAGUCAAGGGAGGAAGAGACAACGAGAUCAAAUGUCGACUUCACAGGGUUCGUCAAACUUUAGGCCUCCGCCUUCUUCUUCGUUUGGAACUCGAGGGAUAUCUAAUAGACCACUGAUCGUGGUCACUUUGCUAGAAAUUGUCUGCGUGGGGAUGGGGCUCGCAGCGAGUCAGGAUCGGUGCAGCAGCCGAGGGGUGGACAGGGCUCUGACCGAUAGUCGUUUCGGCCCACUCAGAGAUAGCAGCAGUCUCACUUUCGUCAGACCACUUUCGAUUCAGGGAUCUCAAGUUGAGAGAGGAGCGAGUUCUUCGACACCUAUUCAGGGUUCCGGUCAUCGAGGUGGACAUGUUCAAGGUCAGACCAUUCGGGGGAGGGCAUUUGCUAUCACUUCUGCUAUUCCACCUCCACCACCCCCUGUCACUUCUCUAGCCCCGAAAACAUCAGUUGUGAGGGGUACAUUUCUCUUGUUUAACUCUUUCGCUAGAGUAUUAUUCGAUUCUAGAACAUCGCAUUCUUUUAUUGUUGCAUCUUUUGCUUGUGCCUUGGAAUUGGAAAUCAAGAGUAUUAGUCCUCCAUUGUUUGUUGACACACCUAUAGGAGGUAGGUUGCCGUUAGAUUGCAUUUGUCGGGAUCGUGAGCUUAUUAUUCAAGAUCGUUGUUUUACUUUUGACUUUAUCGUGCUGAAUAUGUCAGGGUUCGACCUUAUUUUGGGAAUGGAUUGGCUAUCGACGUUCCAUGCUACUAUAGAUUGCUUCAAGCGUCGGGUCCGUAUUUGUCCGCCUGGGGGUUCUUGUUUCGAGUUCUUCGGGGAGCACCGGGAACCGAUAGAACCAUAUCUGUGUGAGUCUCGGGAGCGUGAGUCAAUGUAUGCCUUAUUAGCGAGUUUGGCGUUAGAUGAGGAUGUGUCCGCGCGUGGGGAGCUACCUUUUGUUGUUUGUGAUUUUCCAGGCGUGUUUCUAAAGGAGUUACCCGAUUUACCACCCGAGAGAGAGAUUGAAUUCACUAUCGAUUUACUUCCUGGUAUCGCUCCUAUCUCCAUACCUCCUUAUCGCUUCGCACCCGCCGAAUUGAGGGAAUUGAAGGUUCAGUUGCAAGAAUUAGAGGAUUUGGGGUUUAUUCGUCCGAGUACGUCACCGUGGGGAGCACCGGCCUUGUUCGCCCAAAAGAAAGAUGGGUCGCUUCGUCUAUGUAUUGAUUAUCGUAAGUUAAACCACGUCACCAUUAAGAACAAGUAUCCAAUGCCUAGAAUCGAUGACUUGUUUGAUCAACUUCGAGGCGCAACUUGUUUCUCUAAGAUCGACUUGAGGUCUGGUUACCACCAGUUGAGGGUUCGGAGGGAAGACAUUCCUAAGACCGCUUUUCGUACCCGAUAUGGCCACUACGAGUUCGUUGUUAUGCCCUUUGGAUUGACAAAUGUGCCAGCAACUUUCAUGGAUUUGAUGAACCACAUCUUUCGUGCCUAUUUUGAUCGUUUCGUAGUUGUUUUCGUGGAUGAUAUCCUUAUCUACUCGCUUUCGGAGGAAGAGCACCAAUCUCACCUUUCCAUCAUUCUUGAACUCUUGAGAAAGCAUCGUUUGUAUGCCAAGCUUAGCAAGUGCAAGUUUUGGUUGUCCGAAGUUAAGUUUUUGGGUCACGUUAUUUCGAAAGAUGGGGUGUCCGAUGAUCCGGGAAAGAUAGAGUCCGUAAUAAAUUCGCAGCGACUGAAGAAUGUGUUCGAGAUUCUUAGUUUCUUGGGCUUAGCUGGGUACUAUCGUCGUUUCGUAAUUGAUUUCUCUCGCCUAGCGGCUCCGUUGACUAAAUUGACUCGAAAGGGGACUCGUUUCGUUUGGAGUGACGUGUGUGAGAAAGCCUUUGAAGAAUUGAAGAGAAGAUUGACUACCGCGCCGGUUUUGAUUGUACCCGAACAGGGAGUUGGCUACUCCGUGUAUUGUGAUGCUUCGAAAGAGGGGUUAGGGUGUGUUUUGAUGCAGUUAGGGCGAGUGGUAGCGUAUGGAUCGCGACAAUUAAAGACUCAUAAGCGGAACUACCCUACCCAUGACUUAGAACUUGCGGCCAUCGUCUUUGCAUUAAAGAGUUGGCGUCACUAUCUUUACGAUGAGAGGUUCGAAGUCUUUUCCGAUCAUAAGAGUCUAAAGUACUUAUUCUCUCAAAAGGAGCUUAACUUGCGACAAUGUCGAUGGAUGGAACAUUUAGAGGACUACGACUUUGAGUUGCAAUAUCAUCUGGGUAAGGCGAACGUGGUAGCGGACGCGUUAAGUAGAAAGUCGACACAACUUGUGAAUUUGGCCAUCCAUGAGUGGAAGACGAUGAAUGCCUUAGGCUCAUAUGCGUUGCAUUUUGAGGAAGUUCGGGAUGGAGUCACUUUGUGUAACUUGACUGUUCAAUCGACUUUGUCAAAUCGGGUAAUUGAGGCUCAAUGGCAAGAUGAAGAAGCGAGGGAGUUUCGUACCAAGUUCCUUAGCGGCAACACUCGAAAAGGUUGGAUGAUACACGCCGAUCAAGAGUCUGCAGGCCGCUCUUGGCACCAAUCUCUUGUUAAGCACCGCAUAACACCCUCAAACAGAUGGGCAAUCAGAGGGAACGAUCCAAAUUCUAGAAGACAUGCUUCUGGCUUGCGUUAUGGAUUUUCGGGGAAAUUGGGAAAAUCACCUACCGUUAGUCGAAUUCACGUACAACAAUAG